CACGUGGGUGUGACAGCCGGAGCGGAGCGGAGAGAGCCGCAGACGGGCGCCGUGAAGCAGGAGCAGGAGGAGGAGGAGGAUCGAGAUCCACGAGGAGGAGGAGGAGGACGACGAGCAGCAGCAGCAGCAGGAACUGGGGGCUGAUCGCUGGACGCUGGAGCUCCGCACUGACCGCCUGCAUCACGGCACCGCUCAUCGCUACAGAACGCAGAGCAAUGGCGGGGCUCCGCUGACGGAGAACAAAACACCCCCCCCCCCCUGCCUCCUCCCCCUCUUCCCUCCCUCCCCCGUACCAAGAUACCUCCUCCGGAGUCCCUCGGUCGGCUGUCCUUUCUGUCCGUGUGGACGGCGCUCGGAGUCGGAGGCUGGACAGAGCGAGAAAAGAGAGGCGCCGUGUUGUAAAGAGACGGAAUGGCGGACCGCGAUACUCUGCCCCUUCCUCUGGAGGUUCGAGCCCGGCUGGCAGAACUGGAGCUCGAGCUGUCCGAAGGUGACAUCACACAGAAAGGAUAUGAGAAGAAACGGUCCAAGCUGAUUGGCGCCUACCUGCCCCAACCCUCAGGGGUGGAGCAGCCCAUGGCCCCUGACCGCCGCACUGCCAUUGGCUCAUCCUCCUCCCGGUAUCACCGGCGGCGAUCGUCUGGGUCCCGAGACGAGAGAUACAGAUCAGAUGUGCACACGGAGGCGGUGCAGGCAGCCCUGGCGAAACACAAAGAGCGCAAGAUGGCAGUGCCGAUGCCCUCCAAACGGCGCUCGUUGGUGGUGCAGACCUCCAUGGAUGCGUACACUCCUCCAGGUGAGCCAGACACGUCGUCAGGCUCGGAGGAGGAGGGUUGCCUUCCCGGGGGGGGCACGCCCAGCUCUAGCCAGGGCAGCAUCAGCAUGGAGCACUGGAUCAGCCGUGCCAUUCACGGCUCGACGCCUUCCUCCACCACGUCCUCGUCCUCCACGCAGAGCGGGGGCAGCGGAGCGGCUGGCCGCCUGGCUGAUGUCAUGGCGCACGCGCACGUUGGCCCGAUAGCGCACCUUUCGCUGAGGAGAAAAACGGUACCUGGCCCGCUCGAGAACGGGAACUCGUUCCGACGCUCCUGCGAAUUCGGAUCUGAGCUCGUCUGGCCGCCACCACUGGAGUCGGAGGAGAACCACUCGGCACCCCCAGAUGUGACCACGUACACCUCUGAGCACAGCACCCAUGUGGAGAGGCCACAGGUGUCCACAGUCCCUCGAUCAACGCAAAAAUAUGGCAAUGCAGAGCUUAUGGAGACUGGAGAUGGAGUUCCAGUCAGCAGCAGAGUGUCGGCCAAAAUCCAGCAGCUGGUGAACACACUGAAGCAGCCCAAGCGACCUCCGCUCAGGGAGUUUUUCGUUGAUGAUUUUGAGGAGCUCCUGGAAGUUCAGCAACCAGAUCCCAACCAGCCCCGUCCUGAGGGUGCCCAGAUGUUGCCCAUCAGGGGGGAGCAGCUUGGUGUAGUGACCAACUGGCCUCCUUCCCUGGAGGCAGCACUGCAGCGCUGGGGCACAAUCUCCCCCAAGGCCCCCUGCCUCACCACCAUGGACACCAACGGCAAGCCGCUCUACAUUCUUACCUAUGGGAAGCUGUGGACGCGGAGCAUGAAGGUGGCCUACAACAUCCUCCACAAGCUGGGCACCAAGCAAGAGCCCAUGCUCAGGCCAGGAGACCGGGUGGCGCUCGUCUUUCCAAACAAUGACCCAGCUGCCUUCAUGGUGGCAUUCUAUGGCUGCCUGCUGGCGGAGGUGGUGCCGGUGCCAAUUGAGGUACCGCUCACAAGGAAGGAUGCCGGGAGCCAACAAAUUGGCUUCCUGCUGGGCAGUUGUGGAGUCACCGUGGCCCUGACCAGUGAUGCCUGCCACAAGGGCCUGCCCAAAAGUGCCACCGGGGAGAUCCCUCAGUUCAAAGGUUGGCCAAAGCUCCUCUGGUUUGUCACCGAGUCCAAGCACCUGUCCAAGCCUCCUCGGGACUGGUUCCCGCAUAUUAAAGAUGCAAACAGUGACACAGCUUACAUUGAGUAUAAGACUUGCAAGGAUGGGAGUGUGCUGGGGGUAACGGUCAUGAGGAUUGCUAUGCUCACCCACUGCCAGGCCCUCACUCAGUCCUGUGGAUACACAGAAGCGGAAACCAUCGUCAAUGUCCUGGACUUCAAGAAGGAUGUGGGCUUGUGGCAUGGGAUCCUCACAAGCGUUAUGAACAUGAUGCAUGUGAUCAGUGUCCCUUACUCACUGAUGAAGGUCAAUCCGUUGUCAUGGAUACAGAAAGUAUGCCAGUACAAAGCGAAAGUGGCUUGUGUGAAGUCGAGGGACAUGCACUGGGCAUUGGUGGCCCACCGAGACCAGCGGGAUAUCAACCUGAGCUCACUGCGCAUGCUGGUGGUGGCUGACGGCUCCAACCCCUGGUCCAUCUCGUCGUGUGACGCCUUCCUCAACGUCUUCCAAAGCAAGGGUCUCCGGCCAGAGGUCAUCUGCCCCUGUGCCAGCUCCCCUGAGGCACUGACCGUGGCCAUCAGGAGGCCCACGAACGACAGUAACCAGCCCGCUGGGAGAGGUGUGCUGUCCAUGCAGGGGCUGAGCCACGGGGUCAUCAGGGUCGACUCGGAGGAGCGACUGUCGGUCCUCACCGUGCAAGAUGUGGGAACCGUCAUGCCAGGAGCGCUGCUCUGUGUGGUCAAGCCAGAUGGGGUCCCUCAGCUGUGCCAAACGGAUGAGGUCGGAGAGCUGUGCGUGUGCUCCAUCGCCACAGGAAUGUCGUACUACGGCCUCUCCGGCAUGACGAAGAACACUUUCGAGGUGUUUCCCACCAGCAGCACGGGGGCACCCGUCAGCGAAUAUCCCUUCGCUCGAACCGGCCUGCUGGGCUUUGUGGGUCCCGGGGGCCUCAUCUUCAUCACAGGCAAGAUGGAUGGGCUGAUGGUGGUAAGCGGCCGGAGGCACAAUGCUGACGACAUUGUCGCCACGGCGCUCGCAGUCGAACCCAUGAAGUUCGUCUAUAGGGGAAGGAUUGCUGUGUUCUCAGUCACCGUGCUACACGAUGAGCGCAUUGUUGUCGUGGCUGAGCAGAGGCCCGAUUCCACAGAAGAGGACAGUUUCCAGUGGAUGAGUCGUGUGCUGCAGGCGAUCGACAGCAUCCAUGGGGUUGGUGUUUUCUGCCUGGCCCUCGUACCAGCCAACACCCUCCCUAAAACACCGCUGGGGGGCAUCCACCUGUCGGAGACCAAGCAGCUCUUCCUAGAGGGCUCUCUGCACCCCUGCAACGUGCUCAUGUGCCCCCACACCUGCGUGACGAACCUGCCGAAACCGAGGCAGAAGCAGCCGGAGAUUGGACCCGCCUCUGUGAUGGUGGGGAACCUGGUGUCAGGAAAGCGAAUUGCCCAGGCCAGUGGUCGCGACCUCAGUCAGAUGGAGGACAAUGACCAGGCAAGGAAGUUCCUCUUCCUGUCUGAGGUGUUACAGUGGCGAUCCCAGACCACCCCGGACCACGUGCUCUUCACCCUCCUCAGCUCUCGAGGUGCCAUCACCAACUCGCUCACCUGCUUGCAGCUGCAUAAGCGGGCAGAGAAGAUCGCCGCCCUACUGGCCGAACGGGGUCACCUGCAGGACGGAGACCACGUGGCGCUGGUCUACCCCCCAGGGUUGGAUCUCAUCGCUGCCUUCUACGGGUGCUUGUACGCGGGCUGUGUGCCCAUCACCGUGCGGCCUCCGCACCCCCAGAACAUUGCCACCACCCUGCCCACAGUGAAGAUGAUCGUGGAGGUGAGUCGUUCGGCCUGCGUCAUGACGACACAGGUGAUCUGCAAGCUGUUGCGGUCAAAAGAGGCGUUGGCUGCCGUGGACAUCAGAACCUGGCCCCCUGUACUGGACACAGAUGAUUUGCCAAAGAAGAAGCCUCCCCAGCUCUACAAACCCUCGAACCCUGACACACUGGCCUACCUGGACUUCAGCGUGUCCACUACGGGAAUGCUUGCUGGAGUGAAGAUGUCCCAUGCUGCCACCAGUGCCUUCUGCCGUUCGGUGAAGCUGCAGUGCGAGCUGUACCCGUCCCGCGAGGUCGCCAUCUGCCUGGACCCCUACUGCGGCCUGGGCUUUGUGCUCUGGUGCCUCUGCAGUGUGUACUCGGGGCACCAAUCCAUCCUGAUCCCUCCUUCAGAGCUGGAGGUGAACCCAGCGCUGUGGCUCCUGGCGGUCAGCCAGUACCGGGUGCGGGACACCUUCUGCUCCUACUCUGUCAUGGAACUGUGCACCAAAGGCCUGGGGCUUCAGACGGAGUCGCUCAAGUCCCGGGGCCUGGAUCUGUCCCGCGUGAGGACGUGCGUGGUGGUGGCCGAAGAGAGGCCCAGGAUAGCCCUAACGCAGUCCUUCUCCAAGCUCUUCAAAGACCUGGGGCUCCACCCUCGCGCCGUCAGCACGUCCUUUGGCUGCAGGGUCAACCUGGCCAUCUGCCUGCAGGGCACCUCGGGACCAGACCCAACCACUGUGUACGUGGAUAUGAGGGCCCUCAGACAUGACAGGGUGCGUCUGGUGGAGAGGGGGUCACCGCACAGCCUGCCUCUCAUGGAGUCGGGAAAGAUUUUACCUGGAGUCCGAAUCAUCAUCGCCAACCCUGAGACCAAGGGACCGCUGGGGGAUUCGCACCUUGGGGAGAUCUGGGUGCAGAGUGGCCACAACGCCAGCGGCUACUUCACAGUCUACGGCGAUGAGUCGCUGCAGUCGGACCACUUCAGCUCCCGUCUCAGCUUCGGGGACACGCAGACCGUGUGGGCGCGAACGGGAUACCUGGGCUUCCUGCGGAGGACCGAGCUCACAGACGCCAGUGGAGACCGCCAUGAUGCCCUCUAUGUAGUGGGUGCUUUGGAUGAGGCCAUGGAGCUCAGGGGGAUGAGGUAUCACCCCAUCGACAUUGAGACGUCUGUCAUCCGAACGCACAAGAGCAUCACAGAAUGCGCUGUGUUUACGUGGACCAAUCUACUGGUGGUGGUGGUGGAGCUGGAUGGUUCAGAGCAGGAGGCGCUGGACCUGGUGCCGCUCGUGACCAACGUGGUUCUCGAGGAGCACUACCUGAUCGUGGGUGUGGUUGUGGUCGUGGACGUGGGCGUCAUCCCCAUCAACUCGCGUGGCGAGAAGCAACGCAUGCAUUUGCGUGACGGUUUCCUGGCCGACCAGCUGGACCCCAUCUACGUGGCCUACAACAUGUAGCCCUGCUCCUCGCUGGCCAUUUUUCGAAGACCGGAGAAGGAAAACAAAGGAGCGCGAGACAGUGAGCUGAAAGCUGCGAAAAUGCUUCUCUGAAACGAGGACGGACGGCUGGGUCCGUGUUGCACUUGACCUUCACACACUUUUAGCUCCUGGAAGGGAAACAAACCCCACUGUACAACACCUUUCUUGCUUAUUUGGGUAUUGCUUUUAAGUGCGUGUUGCUCUAUAUUUUCAUGUCACAUAUUCAAACAUUUUUUUAAUCUGUCCUCUAAGAGAAUCAGUUCCACCGCAGUACAAGAAACUGGAGGGAAAGUGGUGACGGCGUGGGUACGAGCAGGCGGGAAACGGAGCCAUUUAAUAGCUCGCUUUGGACUGACUGGACGCGUUGGGGAGGCGGCGGCGACGACCCUAAAUUCUGACUGACGCUGACGGAACCGCGUGGGGGUGUUUUCCACGUGGGCUGGGAUUCGGAUCGAUCGUCGAUUAGGUGCGCUCGGUCUUCGUCGGCGACUUUGCGGGCGAACCGUGCCCGAAAAGCCGAAAUCCAGGACAAGGCCUACAGGUACGCGCCACCGACGCCACGCACGCUACGGCCGAGCAGUAACGGCGCAGCGGCGGGUCUCUCGUCUCGGAUCAAGAGGCGGUCCUGCUGGAGAUGUAGGGCCGCCACCAAAAAGACCAACCUUUAUAAAUUGAACCCGUAAAGAAAAUGCGUACAAGUUUGUUUACACUUGAGCUUUUAGUGACAAGUUUGUUUUUUUCCUGUUUUCAAAGAUGUCUUAGUUUUUGUUGGAAGCAUUGAUGAUGUCAAUCCCCAAUAAAAGAGGUGUUUUUUCCUAUUUCUGAAAAAUACUGUGCACAUAAUUUUGCUAUGUCUUGUUGCGUAAUUUCCGUCCCGCAUUGGAAAUUGACUGUGUGUGUGUGUGUGUGUGUGUGUGUGUGUGUGUGUGUGCGUGUGCGUGUGUGUGUAUGCGUGCGUGGUGUCUGUAAAUACUGUUGGUAACAAAACCAUUUUUUGUAUGGUGCAGAUGUGUAUGAACCUGUUUUGUAAGCACUAUUAAAAGUAUUCCACUUUUAUAGGAACCUGUUUGGCCUGAAAUCACACAUCCAUGUGCAGUAAGAUCAUGUGUGAAAGUGCUUGUAAUGUUGCUCGUGUCCUCCAGCUUUAAGCCGUGCGUUUCGCCGCGUCCCACACGAAACCUCUUCGCUGCGAUCGACUCAGGAGCCCCGCAUGACAAUUGCCAACGUUGGGUGGAGCUCAUGGUCUGCCAGCGUUGCUGAAAAAUGUAUUUUUUUGUGUGCCCGGACGGCGCUUUGAACGUCUGCGUACAUGUUGUGUGUAAAAAGCUUCUUUUCCCAACUGUCAUUUGUGCUGUUUUUGUGUGCACUGUUUUUUGUGAUUGUUCUUUGACACAAAGGAAACACCUUUUUCAACUGUCAGUGGAAUUAGCAAUAAAAAACAAUCCUGGGAUCCAUACUGUACAUAAAACCAUGUAAAUGUACACAAGUGAUUGUUUAGUAACCUAGUACUUAAAGUUGAGGUCAAAAA